CGGCCCUGCCUGGAUCUUAGAUUCCCAGCCUCGGCCCUGCCUGGAUCUCAGACCACAGUCUUCAGAGCCACAAGACCAUAAGUAUCUGUUGUUUCGGCCACCUAGUCUUGGUGCUGUAUCAUGGCCGCCCAAGCCAACUAAUCCAUUACAGUGUUACAAGGAAACAGGUUCACAAAUUAUAACAAUCACUAAGCCAGCAGGGCCUGAAUAGCCAUGUGUGUAAGUUACCAGUAAAUCUCAGUGUAUGGCCAAUAGACAUCAAAACAAUAUUUAAGUUUUGAAAAAUUGAAUUUGUGUCAUGAAAAGUUGAAUGCAGCAUAGCAUCAGAUACACCGUAAUGCGUUUGGACAAGUAUACCCCCUGCAAGGAAAUCCUACGGGAAGGUCACAUAUUUGUGAGAUGUAUUCGAGUUGAAAAGCAUUUAUAUCCUUUGACCCAAAAAUGCCAAUACCAAUAUGCACAAGUUUGAACACGGCUGACCAGAUACCACAUAGCAAAGUAAAUGCCUAAUGGUGAAGUGAAGCCAGCUGCUGGUCUACAGCCAAAAGGUGAGAUUAACCACAGCACCAUUGGUAACCGACUGGAUACAGGACCCAAGGGGCCCUGGUGACAAAGCCACCUUCCCCAAAUUGUGCAAAUUCGAGUCACCCACUUGUCUGUACGCGUGGCCAGAGGUCAGGAGUAUCACCAGCUCCUGCUUUGCUGCCCAAGUUGUAAGAAAAAGGUUGAAUCCGAAUCUUUAGUAAAAGUCGGGGCGCCUGGGUGGUUCCGUUGGUAAAGCAUCCAAGUGCAUCUCAGCCCAAGUCUCGAUCUCACAGUCGUGAGUUCAAGCGUCAUGUUGGGUUCCAUCCCUGACAUGAAGCCUGCUUAAAAAAAAAAAAAGAAAAAAAAAAGAGGGGUGCCUGGGUGGCUCAGUUGGUUAAGCAUCCAACUUUUCAUGUCCGCCCAAGUCUUGACUUCAUGAGUUCAAGUCCCAUGUUGGGCUCCGUCCUGGCCGUGAAGCCUAUUUAAAAAAAAAAAAAAGAAAAAAAAGAAUCUUUAGAAAAACUGUAGGAAUAUGUUCAUUGAGGUUUUGUGUGCCUUAUUUUCAUUGCAGAUUAGUGGUAAACAGCCCAGACGUCCAUCAGUAUCAUGAUGGCGAGUUUUUUCUUCCACUUUCCUUCUCACCAGUUACAUUGGUUAUAAAACGAGAUGUAAAAGGCGGUCAAGCCUCAUGAAGCCCUGUGUGCCAUGUUUUAGCUCCCUUACCCCGUACCACACGCUUCCUUCUCUGCAAGGCCAACCUGCCGAGGAAAAGGAUAUCGAGGACCGAAGAGACCUGAACACACAGGAGGGGGCAGGUGACCCUAUUUGAACUGCACAACACGAAUGCAUCCUUUUCCUCCAAGAGGCUGAGAGGCGUGGAAUGUGGGCAUGGAAGAACUCGACGGAAAAUCCCGGCUGAGCAUCCAAAUCCCAACACAUGCUUUGCAUAGCGUCCCAUUGAUGACCCACGAGCUCGCACAAUGGCGUGAUGAAAACUCGUCAUCCUGCGGUCUGUCGUCCAGCCAGGUGGGCUCACGGUGUGCAAACCAAUGUGCAUGCAUCAUCGUGGGGGGACUCAGCCCGUGCAGGCAGCCCCAAGAUGGACUCUGGACCUCAUGGCUCAUACAUCUAGUCUGUGUGCAACGACGUCUCGACAGGGGCCAUCACAUAUCACAUGCCCGUGUCUGGGAGACCCUGGCAGUGACUCCCCUGCAGAGAACACAGACACCCCGGUUUCUCUGGCUGCCUUCUGGCUGGACAUGGCCCCACAGUGCUGGCGAGGCGUCCGCGAGGCCAUAAAGUCAUGGAGCUCAGUGUCCAGAGGGAUCCGAGGCCAUUCCAUGGCACCUCUCGUUGGAUAUUUCUUCGUGGAUCGGGCUGCUCUGAUCACGGACGAGGCCAGGCUGUGCUGGGUGAUGCUGACACCUCAGUGCAUUGUACCCGUUUGGGUGCCUGGGGCGGCCACAGCAAAUGACGAUGAGCUGAGGGGCUCAGGACGACAGAAGUGUGUUCUAUCCCAGCUCCAGAGGCUUCCGGACACCCUUGGGGCCCCCUGGCUUCUAGACACAGCGCCCAUGUCUGCCUCCAAGCUUCUCCCCUCUGUCAUUACGCUUGGAGCCCAGAGACCUCAAAACCACAUCCUGCUUUGCAGCAAAACCCCUAGGCUCUGGCUUCUGGGUUAUUUCACAGACCCUACUUUGUGCGGAAAAGCCUUCCUGUGGUUCCGAAUUCAGGUUCCGAGGCCCCGCGCCUGCCCCGGACAUCCCCAUCGGUCAGCCCGUCGCAACCAGGAUCGCUUUGCAGGGGUGUGGCCGCCCCUCCAGCCCCAACAGGUGUGUGCACAGGGGAGUCUGCCCAUUGGGGAAGAAAUAGGGCCUCUCAUCGUGUGCGUCAAAGAGGGAGCCCGGAGCACCGCGUCGGGGGCAGGUGAGUCCUGUGCUCAAGGCUCAACUCAGCGCUAAGGUACUUUAAUGGUUUCUGGGGCCAUGCGUUGAUGGCGGCCGGUUCCGAGUUCCUCUCUUUCCCAUGCACCGUGUGAUCUGAUUCUGAGUGCUGAACACAGAAAGUGAUGUCUGUUGCAACGCUGACCACCCCCAGGAAGAUACUACGGGUGUGGAUAUAAAAAAGAAAAACGAAUUACUCUUUCUUUUUUAUUGCCUCUGGAGGCAUCCAGUCUGCUUUUCCCAAACCCUGUGAAGGUCGUAAUGAAUCGGCCAAAUGCACUGACCGCUUUAUGCCCCGUUCGUAAAAUCUCCUAAUUGCAUCCCUGGGCUCCUCGUAAAGGAGAGGGCUCAUGCCCCCGAUCGAUAAUUUUCUAUUAGAAUACAGGCGGAUGGGAGGUGCUGUGGGGUGAGCAUGACCCUGUAUUUGAAGGAAAACAUUCGGAACAAACUGAAUGCACUCGCAGCACAAGCAGUAGUCACCGGGCAGGGACUCUGCCUGACAAGCCGAUCACCCUCCAGACAAACUGAAGGCCACGUGUUUUCCUGUUGGUUUAUGUGUUCUAACAACACGAUGAAUUUUCAAGGACUGUUGGAUAAUACAGUUCAGAUGUGGGGGGCGGGGAGCCACUGUUCUGUGCACACGCUCUGUCGGACAUGUCUGAGGCCAGCAUUACUCAUGGGCAAAACCCAUCAGGCAGCCGACAUUGGCUGUUGACAGAGUUGUGCACUGCUGAACAGGGUAUUGACUGACCUUGUGACCGACUGAAACCAGUCAAGACGUGUAGGGAUGGGGCGCGGCAGGAGCUAGAAGACAGUGGAUUGUAUUUUUUAAAUCCUUGGGACUUUUUAUUUUUUUCCACGUUUUUAUUUAUUUUUGGGACAGAGAGAGACAGAGCAUGA